CUCCUCUUCUCUCUUUUUUUUAUUGCCUUCUUUCGUUUCCUCUCUCUCUCUCUAGAUUUACUUUAGACUCUCAAAUCCCCUCUCUCUCUAGAACCUAAACUCUCAUGUCUCCUCCUUCUUAAUGCUCAAAUAAAAACAAACACCUGAAGCCUCUUCUCUCUCUCUUUUACCAUGGCCAGUAAGCAUAUUACUCUACAUCUGCAACUCCCUGUGCUUCUUUUUAUCUUAUUCUUCUGCACAUCUACUAAGGCUACUCGUCUAGUAACUCCACCAAAAGAUAAAAUUGACGAGAGAGAAGGUGGUUUGGCAAAGCUUGAAUCUCCAAAUGAAGGCUUUUUUAAUGAAGAAAACAUGCAAAAUCUUCUUGGACAAGAAGAGUGUGAAGCCAAAGAUUUCAAUGAGUGUUUGAGGAGAAGGGAGCUUGCAGAUGCUCACUUGGACUACAUAUAUACUCAGGAGCACCAUAAGCCGUAGAUCACAUCUCUCUCUAUAUUAACACUGACGGUGAUUACAUACUGUUUGAAAGUGAUAGAUGAUUAUGUUUAUUCCAACUCUCUCUUAACACCUCUUAUUUAGGGUUUUUGAAGUUUAUACCUCUUUCUAUGCUCAAAUAUUUUUAGGAGUUUCAUACUAUAUUUAGCAAAUAGUAGCUCUCUUUUCAUAGGGGCCAUGGGCUGUCAUCAUUGUAUGGGUUUUUGAGCUAAGCACUUUCUCUUUCUAGCCAUGGCUUGUAACUAAGAAAGAGUCAGAAGUUUGUUGAAAUUUGGAUGUAAAAGUGUAAGUGUCCUUGGAGAAGUGUUUGUUUCAUGUGAUACUUUGAUACUUGUGUAUUGUUUGGUGACAUGUGUAAUUAGGGUCGGAUAAGGGUCGUUGCA